AUGGCCUCCAGGAUGGGCCCCAGGAGCGUCAAGGACGCAACCCGCUUCACGUCCACCAUCCCCCACGCAACCUCAAAGACGGCCACUGGCGGGUCCGCCGUUGCGCCCAAGGUGCCGCGCAUCCCAGGCGAGACGCCCGAGCAACGCGUGAGGAGGUUGCGGCAGGCGCAUCUCGCUGCGCAAAAGGCGCAGAUCAGCAAGACGGACAAGUUCAUCGACGCCUCCCGGAGGUUCCUCGAUGUUGCGCACCGGUGGACCGUCGGAGGCAUCGUGAUAUUCACAGCCGUCGCCGGUGUCGUCUCCAUCUACUCCGUAUGGGACAUGCUCCGAUAUAACCGCGCCCGCCGCGCCGAGUGGGUCGAGGCCCAGAAGCAACUCGAAGCCGACGAGCUCGCCAGCGCCCGUCUAGCCUACCUCAAGGGUGAGGCCACAGAGGAGCAGAUCCUCCUCGUCGAGGAGGCCAACCGCGAGGCCGAGGCCAAGGGCGAGAAGCUACCACCCCUGCUGGCCGCCCCCUCGCACCGCACACAUUUUGAGGAGAACAUCAAGCCCGCCCUCGAGGGCAGCAAGAAGGAGGAUGAGCCUGCAAAGGCGGGGGGCAAGGGUGUCCUGGGUCUCUUUUCCAGCAAGCUCAGCCGUGAGGAGGAGGGUGAGCAAGUGGGUUCGUCACAGGAGCGCCUGGGCUAUGAGAGCCUGAGCGAAGAGGACGAUGCCACAGGCGUACGAGACAGCGAUCUGGUGCGCUCGAUCGAAGCCAAGGCACAGCAAGCCUGGGAGAAGGAGAAGGAGAACCAAAGGAGGGGUGGCAGCCUGGACCAGCUAGGUCUCGAGACGGCGGGAGGCCCAUCCUCUCAGAAGAAGUCCUGGUGGAAGUUUUGGUGA